ACGAACACUAUGGGUUAUCAGCGCGUGGCUCUAUUUGUUUUUGUUAUAUUUACAAUCGUUGAAUUCACAAUUUGUGCAAUUGUAACCACGCCUGAUGGGAGAAUCGAAGGCACAACAAUGCAAUCAAGACGAAACGUGACCUUCCACGCAUUUCUUAGUAUUCCAUUUGCGAAACCACCGGUUGGAGCACUUAGAUUUAAGGAUCCGUUGCCGAACGAUCCAUGGACUGGAAUUCUUAAUGGGACUAAGUACGGGCUCGCAUGCUCUCAACCUGCAGGGUUGGUAGCGGCAAGAAACAUAGGAGAAGACUGCCUUCAUUUAAAUGUUUUCACUGAGAAUUUGCCGGAUAGCGGAAGUGGUCUAAAACCUGUAAUUGUGUACAUUCAUGGAGGUGGUUUCGAAAUGGGCAGUGCAAUUAUUUCUAGUCCAAUUGUAAUGAUGGAUCGUGAUCUUGUUUUCGUAACAAUCAAUUACCGAAUGGGUGCUUUCGGAUUCCUUGCAACGGGUUCAGCAGAAGCACCCGGAAAUGCCGGUUUGAAAGAUCAAUUGAGAGCAGUAGAGUGGAUCAAAAGAAACAUCGUUGCUUUCGGUGGCGACAGUGACAAAAUUACCAUUUGGGGAAUGAGUGCUGGAGCAUUCUCGGUAACAGCGAUGAUGGCAUCGCCACUUUCAACUGGUCUUUUUCAUCGAGUUAUCGGGAUGAGUGGGUCAAUUGUGUCUCACAGAAAUUUAACGAGUGACUUAAUGGACACAGUACGAAUUUUUGCUACAAACCUGAACUGUGAAAAUGAUAGUCGGGAUGCAAUAGUACAGUGCUUGAGAAAUAAAACUGAAGACGAAAUUUUAUCGGUGCAAAUGAGUUUAGCGAAUGGUCCAUGUCCUGAUUUGAAUUUUUGGCCCGUAGUCGAACCGGAUUUCGGACAAAAAAGAUUUCUUGAAGAUCAGCCGACGCAUCUCUUCAAAAUUGGAAAUUUUACAAAAGUACCAACUCUAAUUGGAAUCAUAAGUGAAGAAUUCGCCCAAGAAGUUCCAGGUAUUUUGGCCAACUCGUCGUUUAUGACUGAAUUGAAUGAGAGAUUUAGCGACAUAGCACCCCGUUGCUUUGUAUAUGAAGAGGGAACCAACACAUCAAAAGCACUUAGCAAACAGUUCCGAGAAUCAUACUUUCCAUACGAUGUCAUCGAUGCGCGAUCAUUCGAUGAUUUAAGUCACCUUUUCUCAGACAGCACCAUUGGCUAUCCCACUCACCUGUUCGUCAAUUUGGCAUCGGCAUUUAUCGACGUUUAUUACUAUAAAUUCUCCUACGUGGGAAGUUUCAGUUUAUUCAUUUUUCCGAGGAAUCUGCCUUUCUCGGUUGCUCAUGGCGACGACAUUCAUUAUUUGGUUCCGUGGAAUUUCUUUCCGGUGAUAGGCGUAGAGAGUCCUGAUAACUUUGUGGUGGAACGGCUCUUAAGUAUUUACGAGAAUUUCGCUAAGAAUGGUAAUCCCAAUAACGUCACUGAUGAACAUUUGGCCACAAUGAAUUGGCCGGUGUUUGAGGAAAAUGAUGCAUUUUACUUGGAUAUUGGAAGGCAUUUGGUUGAAAAGCAUGGAUUGUAUCUAAAUCGUUAUGCACGUUGGAAUAUAACUCGGAACGGCGAAUAAACAAACGAUUCGUUUACAAAGCAAUGUAUUGUAGAAAGUGGAUUUAGAAUUAGGAAAAUGAAUUAAACAUUACAAGCAUUGAU